AUGGAGGAUGCUGACAGUCACACUUCCAAUGAUGAAGGAUCUUCAAUUCAUGAACAACCAACAUUACAAGAUGUGUUUCCAUCAUCAUCAUCGAAUAAUGAAACUAAUUUAAACGAAACAGAAAGGUCCAAAGUUACUGUUAGCAAUAAUUCGGAUAUUUUCUCCUCUACACAACAUAUUACCACUGCUACGGAACAACCAACAUCUUCUGCCAAGUUUUCUUCUUUCACUGAACAUAUAUUCGAAACUCUGAUUGAUCGUCCAACAACAAACAUGACAGGUUUCUUUCUGGCAAAUGACAUGUCUGAAGUAUUGGAUACUUCUACAAUUUUUGUACCAGAGAAUAAUUUUAAUCUUUCUCAGAAAUUGAUUUCAAUUAUCGAAAAUGGUUGUGAAGAAAUUUUACAACAAUUUAAAGAUUCGAAUUAUGAUUCGAAUAUUUUGAAGACAAUUAGUGAAGUUUUGGAGGUGUGUGUAGAUAGAAUCGAUGAAGAAGAUUCAGAAAAUUCAAAUGAUAUGGCAAAGGAUUCAAAAUACUCAAAAUGGAUUUCAGAUUUCUUGACAGGUGGCGGGUUGACCAUGAUGACUACUUCACUCGAUCAUUCAGAACUUGUUUCAGAUAAAAUCAAUAAGGAUAGAAUCCCUCUCGAAGUUCACUUCCUCAAAUGCACCCAAAAACUUUUAGAUGCUUCAGAAUUUUCAAGAGAAUUCUUCUUGAAAGAUCGAGAUGCUUUGAGAGCUUUAGUUUUAAUUCUUGAUUGCGAAUCUUUAGAAUUGAGAGCUGAGGCCUUACUUCUCCUGACAGCUAUUUUGAAUAUUCAUAUUGAGAAUGUCGAUACUCAUGCUUUGAUUUUGGAAAAUUUUUACCUUUUUAAGAAAAUUAAAAGUGAACCAAAAAGAUUUCACUUUUUAGGGAAAAGUUUCAAUGAUUUGGCAAAUUUAGAAAAUCAUGCUGAGGAGAUUUUAUGUAAGGGAAAUAGUAAGCAAUAUAUUAUGGCAUUGAUGGUGUUUUUCAAUGGAUUGAUUUCAAAAUCUCCAAAUGAGGGAAUUAAAUCAAUGAUUGUUAAGGAAUUGAAAGGUUUGGGAAUGCACACUUCUGCAAAACAAAUUCAUUUGAGAAUUGAGGAGAUUAUUGAUGAUUUGGAUAUUGAUUUGGGAAAGGAACCAAUUUAUUCGAAUGUUUUAUUGCAAGUUGGUGCAUUUGAGAAACAUUUCUCCAAAUAUUAUCAUGAUACUUGUUUGGGAAUUUUGGAAGAUGUGGAUACGACUAAUCCUAUUGAGAUUUCCAAAUCAAUUUCCAGUUACUUGACAAGUUUGAGCAAUGAAUCGAAUCAAAUUAACAAUAUUUUUGUGAAUAGUUUAAAUACCAUGUUGAGAUUGACCAAAUUUGGAGUUAUUAAGAAUCAAAGUGUGGGAGAAAUUUACAAUUCAUGGAAGACAAUUGAUAGAAUUUUGAAAAUUGCAAUCAAUGAAGAUAAGGUCACUUUCACCACAGAAACAGAAAUUGAACAACGGAAGGAUAUUGAACAAAUGAGGCAAUAUAUUCUUAAAUUGGAAAAUGAAAAUGCAAAAUUAGAAACCCAAAAAACAAACCUUGAAAAAAAGGUAAAGAAACAAGAACAAGAUGAUUUCAAUAAGAAUAUUAUCAAUAAUGCUACUUCAUUGGAUGAAGAGAAACCUGAACAAGUCAAUCAACAUGUAGUAGAAACAGUUGUCAGUCAACUACAAGAACAAUCUGCCAAACCAGUUGAAAUUUCACAAUUGCAACCUGUAGAGAACAUUUCAACUAGUGCUACUCCACCAGAAGUUCCAGUCAUUCCACAACCUCCUGUUACAACAGGAGUUCCACUCCCUCCUGGAAUGAAUUCUGGAAUUCCUCUUCCACCUUCUGGAAGUAAUUCUUGUCCAACACCACCUGUUGGAAAUGUGGGAGCUCUUUCAGAUCUUCCUCAAUUACCAAAAGCAAAACCAAGUACUGCCACGAAACCAAUCUUCCUCGAAAGGAUACUGAACACCGAAGUGAAAAAGACAAUUUUUGUGGAGAAGAAACUUGCCGAAAAUACCAAUGAACUAAUCAAGAAGAUUGAUUUGGAAUCGUUGGGAAAGACCUUCCAGAAAGUGGAAAUCAGUAAGAAACCAGCCGAAAAGGAGAAACCAGCAAACAACAAACCAAAGAUUGAGGAAGUGAAAGUUUUGGAUCAAAACAAAUCUUACAUGAUUUCAAUCCAAUUGAAAUCCAUCAAGAAGCUCAAUAAGGACGAAACUGAUGAAAUGAAAUUUGCAAGAUUGAGAAGGGGUAUUCUACAAAUGGACGAAUCAUACGAUACAGAGCUUGUUUCCUGUCUAUCUAAGUGCAUGCCAACAAGUGAAGAAGUUGAAAGUGUUACAAAAACAGCUGAAGAAUUGGAAAAUCUUCCUCAAAAUCCAAUGAAUGUUAAGGUUCUAGGAUUGGUCGAGAAGUUUAUUUAUGAAAUUCGUGAUAUUCCAUUCUCACUGAAUAGAAUUGCUGCCUGGAUGUUUAAAUUCAAUUUGGCUUCUACAGCAAUGAAUAUUCGAAACAAGCUGGAAAUAAUUAUUGGUGCUUGCGAUCAAUUGCAGAACUCACCAAGUUGGCUUAAUUUGCUGUCACUUGUCUUGACAAUUAGUAAUUAUUUGAAUACUGGGAAUUCUAAAAUGCAAAAUCUUUAUGGAUUCAAGGUUUCGUCAUUAAGUGUAUUGGAACAAGUCAAAUCAACUGAUCAGAAAAAGACCAUGAUUCAUGUGUUGUGUCAAUUAUGUCAAGAAAAAUUCCCUGAAAUUUUAAAAUUGGAUAGUGAGCUUUCUAAUAUUCCAAAAUGUGCACCAAUGAAUUUCUUCCUCAUCAGAGAAGAAAUCCAACAAUUCAAAGAUGAAGUCGAUUCAGUGAGAAAGACAUUUAAAUUAAUGGAAUCUAUGAAAGAGAAGAAUCUUUUGGACGAAACUGAUCGAUUUAUUGAAAUUAUUGGACCAAUUAUUGAAAUGGCAGAAACUCAAAUUGUCAAAAUUGACCAAUUACUAACCAAAGCAGAACACUCACUCAAAUCCACUCAAGAACUCUUUGGUGAGAAAGAUAUCAUGAAAGACGAGAAUCCAAAUGGUAUACCAUCAACUAUUUCAGACGAAACAUUAUCAGAAUCUCUGAAACCGCACCAAAAUAUGGAAAUUGAAAAGAGGACCCUGAUAAGCAUCGUCGCUCACUUCAUUCAAAACAUGACCAAAACGCACGUCAUCGUCCAAGAACGAAGAGAAAAGGAAUUACGAGAGGCAAGAAUCCAAGAGAAACAACGAAAGAAACAAGUAGGAAGCUUUUUCACCAAUCUUAAAAAGCUUACAGUGAGACAAAAGAUGAAGAAUGCGUUCUUUGGAGGUUUGGCGGUUUCACAUGUCAGCGAUGAUGAUCAUUUGUUCAGUGUUGCAUCAUCGAAAAAACCAUUGAGUUGUAUGGAGUUAAUUGCUGGCCAAACGAUACAAGUUUCUUCAUCAUCGCAGUUCUAA